AUCGAGAGCGCCCAACCACCGCUGCUCUCUCCCUCUCUCUGCUGCAUCCGCCCACGAGGUGUUCGACGGAAUGCGUGAGAGAGACGCCGCAGCGGGCGCCACCCCUCCCCCCAUGUGGGCCUCCUCCCUACUCCCUCUUCCCCCUGGCCACGCGCGGGAGGGGACGGGGGGUUGACGUCGCCGCGACAGCGACCCGGGCGGUGGGCGAGGGGGAGUGUGGUGUGUGGCGUGGGAGAGAGAGAGAGAUGUCACCUUCAACCCCAGUUUUUCCUUUUUCCUUCUCUUUUCUUCUUGACUUGGCCUACUGCCGGUCCUCCCUCCCCCCGCGCUCCCCCGUUCGCGUCCAUGUCACGCUUUCCUUUCGUUCUGUUUCUCUCUCCUCCUCCUCCUCCUCCUCCUCUUCUUCUUCUUGUUCGUCGGGUUCUUGCGUGAGGCCUGCUUGGGGGGAUCCUCGGGCUUCUUGUCGCAAGAAACCAAGGAGGAGGCUUUAGCCGAAUUACAGGGCUACUUGUACAGGAGUUCAGGCUUGAAAGUGGUGGCCAGGUGGGGUUGCCCUGAUGCCUUCAAUGAUCUGAUUGUUUCUAUGCGGUCCCUGUGGUUCUGAACUCGAGGACCCGGGUCUGGAUUUUGUGGAAUUUGCUGUUGUCAGAGGUUCGUGUGUAUUGCUUGUGUUGGUCCUUUUCCUUUAUUGGCUCGGAGGAAUACCAAUCAUAGGGAGAUAUGCCAAAGAGACUGGACAUAUCGUUUCCUCUACAAACCUAUAGUGUAAGAAUCCAGAAGGGAACUAGUGGCUCUAGGCUUGGAAAGUGCAGGUACAAGGAUUUUCGUCUGCCAAUACUUGAAAACAUGGGUUGGCUGAGCAAAAUUUUUAAAGGUUCAGUAAAUAGAGUAUCAAGAGGGCACUACAAUGGAAACACCCAUGAAGGCCACUCAGCAUGGCACACUAAAGCCUAUGAGCAUGACAGUGACCAUGAAGACAUAGAUCGUGCUAUUGCAUUAUCUUUAUCAGAAGAAGAUCAGCGGAAGGGGAAGGCUGUUGAUGAGGUAGAUAUUGAUCAUCGUUUACAUGAAGAUGAACAACUUGCACGGGCUCUACAAGAGAGUCUGAAUGAUGAACCUCCUCGUCAGAAUGUUCCAGUAAAAGAUGUUCACUCAGAGAGUACUCCAGCAACUUUCAUGCCCCCAUAUAUAUUCCCUUCAACUGGAUUAAGGGUUUGUGCUGGAUGUAAAACUCCAAUCGGUCAAGGACGGUUUCUUAGUUGCAUGGAUUCUGUUUGGCACCCCCAGUGCUUCAGGUGUUUUGCUUGUGAUAGGCCAAUAUCAGAAUAUGAGUUUGCAGUUCAUGAAGGUAACCCAUACCAUCGAUCCUGCUAUAAGGAGCUUUUCCAUCCAAAAUGUGAUGUCUGCAAGAACUUUAUUCCAACAAACAAAGAUGGCCACAUUGAAUAUCGGGCCCAUCCUUUCUGGAUGCAGAAGUAUUGUCCUGCCCAUGAAACUGAUCGUACUCCUAGGUGCUGCAGUUGUGAACGAAUGGAGCCAAAGGAUAGUAAGUACAUAACAUUAGAUGAUGGCCGGAAACUCUGUUUGGAAUGCCUGAAUACUUCAAUAAUGGACACAGACGAAUGCCAACCACUAUAUAUUGAUAUUCAAGAAUUCUAUGAGGGUUUGAACAUGAAAGUGGAACAACAAAUUCCCUUGCUGUUGGUUGAGCGACAAGCUUUAAAUGAAGCCAUGGAGGCCGAGAAAACUGGACAUCACCUUGCUGAAACCAGAGGUCUCUGCCUAUCUGAAGAGCAAAUUGUCCGAACUAUACUAAGAAGACCAGUAAUUGGACCAGGAAACAAGAUUGUAGACAUGAUUACAGGACCAUACAAACUGGUUAGACGCUGUGAAGUGACUGCAAUUCUUAUCCUAUAUGGCCUUCCAAGACUGUUAACUGGCUCCAUUCUGGCUCAUGAGAUGAUGCAUGCUUACCUCCGACUUAAGGGAUACCAAACUCUUGAUCCAAAGGUCGAAGAAGGCAUCUGUCAGGUUCUAGCUCAUAUGUGGCUCGAGUCAGAAAUAACAUCAGGAUCUAGUAGCAUCAUUGCAUCCAUCGCAGCAUCAUCAUCGUCAUCGUCGUCAUCUUCAGCACCCUCAUCCAAAAAGGGUGUACAGACGGACUUCGAGAAGAAACUUGGAGAGUUCUUCAAGCACCAGAUUGAAACAGACCCUUCUGAUGUAUAUGGAGAUGGUUUUCGAGAUGGCAUUAAGGCCGUUGAACGCUAUGGCUUGAGAAAAACUCUUGAUCAUAUGAAGCUUACAGGGGUUUUCCCGUGUUGAAGUCACAAAUUUAGAGUAUGAAGAAUACAUUGAGGAAUUUUGGUUCAAGUUAGACAUGCCAAAAGGGUAUAUAUGCUGUUAACAUUAACUGAGCAAUAGAAUAGACGAGAAACAAUGAUUUUGUUUUAGUAAAUUUCAGAAAGUUACAACUAUCUUGUCUAAAUUAUCGGUUUGCUGCAAUAUUAGUUGGCUAUUUCAGAAAACUACAGCAGUAGUUGAUUUUAUCAGAAAACUGUUACACUUUGGGCCUAGAUGUCAAACACUUAGUUUCUGAUAAAAUCAUUCGCUA